UGUGUUUCACCGAGGAGGAGUGGGCUGUGCUGGAUCCGGGCCAAAGGACCCUGCACAAGGAAGUCAUGGAGGAGAAUUAUGGACUGGUGGCUUCGCUGGCAGGCAGUGAAUCAGAGAUCGAAAAGGAGAUUGAACCAGAAAGGCUGCCCGGGGGAAGAGACCCAUACAGAGAGGCAGACCAACAGAAAAGGAAAACCGAAGCCCAAGUGCGGAGGAGGAGGAAUAAAUCCGUAACUUCUCAGGGUGUCGAUGUCUAUGAAAUCCCCAUUGAAGAAAAAAUGGAGAAAGGCAAGAGGAAGAGGAAAUGCCUCGUGUGUGGGAAAAGUUUGAGCUGGAAGUCUAGCCUCAAGGCUCACUGGAAAAUUCACACUGGGGAGAAACCAUUUAAGUGCCCGGAGUGCGGGAAGAGCUUCCGACAGAGGGCAAAACUAAUUACCCAUCAAAGAGUCCACACGGGAGAGAAGCCCUUCAAAUGCUUGCAGUGUGGAAAGAGCUUCAUUCAGAACGAAUGCCUGACUUCUCAUUUAAAAACACACUCAGGGGAGAAGCCAUUUAAAUGCCUGCAGUGUGGGAAAAGCUUCAGCUGGAGUCAUAACCUGACAUCGCAUCAAAGAAUCCACACAGGGGAGAAACCCUAUAGUUGCUCCAUGUGUGGAAAGAGCUUUUCUCAGAGGAGAGACCUUAAUUCCCAUGAAAGAAUCCACACCGGGGAGAAACCCUACACCUGUUCCGAAUGUGGAAAGAGCUUCCACCAGAACGCACACCUGACUUCCCACCAAAGGAUCCACACUGGGGAGAAGCCGUACAAAUGCUUGGAGUGUGGGAAGAGCUUCAGUCGGAGUUCGAGUCUCACUUCUCACCAAAGGACGCACACUGGGGAGAAGCCGUUCAAAUGCUUGCAGUGUGGGAAAAGCUUCAGCUGGAGCCACAACCUGACAUCCCAUCAAAGAAUCCACACAGGGGAGAAGUCAUUCCAGUGCUUGGAGUGUGGGAAGAGCUUUAAUAAGAAAACAAAUCUCAUUUCACAUCAAAGGGUACACUCAGGGGAGGAAAAACCAUAUCCAUGCUCAGAGUGUGGGAAAAGCUUCAAGCAGAGUGCGGAACUCACUUCCCAUCAGCGAAUUCACACAGGGGAGAAGCCAUACACAUGCACAGACUGUGGAAAGAGCUUCAGUCAGAGCUCAGGCCUUACUUCCCAUCAAAGAAUCCACACAGGGGAGAAACCGUAUAAAUGCCCAGACUGUGGAAAGAACUUCACAUGCAGUGGAAAUCUUACAGCCCAUCGAAGAAUCCACACAGGGGAGAAACCAUAUAAAUGCUCAGAGUGUGGAAAGAGCUUCAGGGUGAAAUCAAGCUUAAUUUAUCACCAAAGAAUCCACACAGGGAAGAAACCAUAUAAAUGCUCAGAGUGUGGAAAGAGCUUCAGUCAGAGCGCUCACCUUACUGCCCAUCACAGAAUCCACACAGGGGAGAAACCAUAUAAUUGCCCAGAGUGUGGAAAGAGCUUCAGUAACAGUUCUUACCUUGUUUACCAUCGAAAAAUGCAUACGGAGAAGAAACCAUAUACAUGUUCAGAUUGUGGAAAAAGCUUCCUAUUGAGUGAAAAACAAACAGCCCAUCAAAGAAUCCACACAAGGCAGAAACGAUAUAGAUGUUCAGAUUGUGAAAAGAACUUCAGUGUGACCUCAAGCUUUACUAAGCAGCAAAAAAUCUACAGAGCAGACAAACCAUAUACAUGCACCGAGUGUGGAAAAACAUUCAGGGAGAGUGGAAAACUUGCUUCCCAUCAAGCAGUCCAUGCAGGGGAGAAACCAUAUAAAUGCUCAGAGUGUGGAAAGAGCUUUGUCUGCAGUGGAAAUCUUACAGCCCAUCAAAGAGUCCACACAGGGGAGAAACCAUAUAAAUGCUCAGAGUGCGGAAAGAGCUUCAGACAGAGUGUAGAUCUUACUUCCCAUCAAAGGAUUCACACAGGAGAGAAACCAUAUACAUGCAUAGAGUGCGGAAAGAGCUUCCGUCAGAGAUCACACCUUAUUUUUCAUCAAAGAAUUCACACAGGUGUGAAACCGUAUAAAUGCUCAGAGUGUGGAAAGAGCUUCAGGGACAGCUCAAACUUUAAAUACCAUCAAAGAAUCCACACAGGAGAGAAACCAUAUAAGUGUUCAGUGUGUGGAAAGGACUUCAGGCAAAAUCGAAAGCUUAUCUCCCAUCAAAGAAUCCACACAGGAGAGAAACCAUAUAAGUGCUCAGACUGUGAAAAAAGCUUCAGGCAGAUUGCGGACCUUACCUUACAUCAAAGAAUGCACACAGGGGAGAAACCAUAUAACUGUUCAGACUGUGGAAAGAGCUUUAGUCGGAAGGGCACCCUCACUUCCCAUCAAAGAAUCCACACGGGAGAAAAACCUGCCUACAAUUGUGUGGAUUGUGGGAAGAGCUUCACAUGCAGCUCAAACCUCGUUCGACAUCGGCGGAUCCACAUAGGGGAGAAGCCAUAUAAUUGUGUGGACUGUGGAAAGAGCUUCCCUUGUAGUUCGGACCUCCUUAGCCAUCAGAGGAUCCAUACGGGUGAGAAGCCAUACAUCUGUGUGGACUGUGGGAAAAGCUUCCGUUUGAGUUCAAUUCUUAUUGCCCACCAGAGAACUCACACGGGAGAAAAGCCAUACUGGUGCUCGGACUGCGGCAAAUUCUUCAGUGUGAGUUCUCAGCUCCGCGUGCAUCAGAGAAUCCACACGGGAGAGAAGCCCUAUGAAUGCUCGGACUGUGGCAAGAGCUUCACUUGUAGUUCACGUCUUCUUAGACAUCAGAGGACUCACACGGGAGAGAAACCAUAUCAGUGCUCGGAGUGCGGGCAAAGGUGUAACUUGAAGUCCAAUCUCGUUAGACACCAGAAAACCCAUAGAGGAGAGAAGCCCUACAAAUGUGUGUACUGUGGGGCAAGUUUCUAUACAAGGCCAAAUUUUGUUGAGCAUCAUAAAGCCAACCAUGUGAAUACUGUAAAUAUGAAAACACUGUGAUCAGCCAAAUCCUUAACAUCCUCUCUGAUAUAUUUUCCUGAUUGCCGAAGCCAUUUUUCAGAUAACCAAAAAGCUUCUUCAAGUCUGU